UGGAGGCGAUCCGCUGACGCUGACUACUGUGCUCCCUGAGCGAAGCCCAGAUCUCGCUCCGCACCGCUGUCUUCUUGACAAUCAGCCGACGGCCGAUAGCGCCACAGCCUCAAUGACCACACGAUACAAUUUCGGCAACAUGAGCCGAAGUUCGAACCGUUCCCUGGGCAGAUCUGUGCAGCGCCCGUCCUUCACUAGUUUCUCGAUGCAGAGCUACGGCUCCAGGCCUCAAACCAGCAUCUCCUCGCUGGGGUAUGGGCGAGGGGCUUCAGUCCUGCUGGGCCCCAGAGCUGGAAUUGUCUCGGCUCUCGCCUCCGGCUCGUUCUCCAUCGUGUCCGGCGGCUGUAUGACCGGCAACGAGAAAGAUGUCAUGCAGGGUCUCAACGACCGUCUCGGCAAGUAUCUGGAUAAGGUCCAGAUGCUGGAGGCGUGCAACAAGGACCUCGAGAAGCAGAUCAGGGAGUUAACCUCAAGUAAUACCGUCCAAGGAUUCGAUUGGUCCAUUUACAACAACACAGUCAAGCCUCUACAACAACAGAUCGUCAGUGCCAUCAUGGACAACGCUCGCAUCGCCCUGGAGACUGACAAUGCCAAGCUGGCUGCUGAAGACUUCAGGAACAAGUGGCUGACAGAACAGAUGCUGAGGCAGUCGGUGGAGACUGACAUCGAAGGCCUGCACCAUCUGAAGGGGACCUACCUGCAGCUACAGGACGGCCUGACCAACGACAUCGCUGGGCUGGAGGACGAGAUUGCGUUCCUGAAGAAGAAUCACGAUGAGGAACUGAAAGUGUUGCGGAAGCAGUGUACCCAAGAAGUGAAUGUUGAGGUGGACUCGGCUCCAGCCGUUGACCUGAAUAAAGUCCUGGCAGAAAUGCGGCAGAAGUACACCACCCUCGUUGACAAUAACCAGGCAGAGCUGGAUAAGUGGUACCAAGAACAGGUCUCGAUUAAAGAAGUCCAGAUGACUCAGAACGACCAGGCUCUCACCGGUGUUAAAACUGAGCUGUCUCAGCUGCGAAGUAAUGUGCAGACUCUUGAAGCUGAUUACAAUGGCUUACUUGGAACUGUGGGUGCACUGGAGAACAUGCUGGCUGAAACUGAGGACUCGUACGCCAAGCAGCUUCAGAAUUUGCAGCUCAAAAUUCGGCAGCUAGAGAGUGAGCUGGCAAGUGUCCGAAAUGAAGUGCUGAAGCAGAACAGUGAAUACAACAGGCUCCUUGACAUCAAGAUGAAGCUGGAAGCCGAGAUCAACCAGUAUAAAAUCCUGCUGGACGGCGGUCAACAGAGCUUCAAUACUGCCGGAAUCUCCUCAUCAAACGUCUCCUACUCCAGCUUGGGUCCAUCGUCCUCUGUGAGCAAAACCAGAAUCCUCACAGAACGUGUGACAACUCGUUAAUUAGGAGAAGUCCAGGCUCCGGGGUGCCGCCUGAUCAGUGGGCCUUCCGCUGGAAUCUCUAUGAUCUGCAACCUCAGGCCAUGAGCUCCCUGCUUCUGUCCUCUACCCUCUGCUCUUCAUGUCCUGAUGCUGCAAAAGGUGUAGCCACUCAUCAGCCACUCGCUUUCAACCAAAUCGUACCACUUCUGAAUGCAACACUCGGGUUGCCAUGGAGACUCCCUUCAGUGACUUCACCUUCACAUGCUGCUGUUUAGUUAAAGCCAGCAAUCCACCAGCCCCACACCCACCAGUACACCACCCACCAAAGCUACCCCACCAACCCACACCCACAUCAACCAACACAACACACAAAAUCCAACACUCAUCAAAACUACUCAUAACAACAUGGCACCUACCAAUACAGCACCCUAUAUCCACCAACUCUACACUCGUAUGCCAUCCCAUCCAUCAAGCAUGCUGGUUGCCACUUCCUGCACUCAGACAGUCAGACCCUCAUCACCCUUGGGGUCCCAACCAUGACACGGGUGAUUGGCAUUAACCUGUCUGAUCCACCGCCUGGUCUGGUAAUGUCACUUUGUGAGGAUGGGGUUCCUGUGAUUGAGGGCGAGGAACACCCCCAUCCUCUCUGAGUGGGUCCAGCCCUGGAGCCCUGGUGGGAGCCUCGGGAAACUCAAAUAUUAAACAUUUUUGUGCACUAUUGCUGCA